UCAGAUAAUAUCUCGAUACGUCGAUCAUGCUGUCGAACCACUGUCGACGCUGAUAGGGGAUGAACGACCAGUCGAAACGAUUCCGUAUAUUUUGCAGAAUAGUUUGAUGAUCGUGCUGUGCUUGCUGACAUUAACCUCAUUUUAGAAAAGAUGUUUAAAAAAUUCGAUGAAAAGGAUAGUAUAUCAGGUGUUCAACAGCUGAAGUCCUCUGUACAGAAAGGAAUCCGGUCAAAACUUUUGGAACUUUAUCCAUAUUUGGAAUCAUACAUAGACCAAAUAAUUCCAAAAAAAGAUUCAUUCAGAAUUGUAAAAUGUCAUGACCACAUUGAAAUAAUGGUGAAUAGUGCAGGAGAGUUGCUAUUCUUUCACCAACGAGAAGGCCCAUGGAUGCCCACAUUAAAAUUGUUACAUAAAUAUCCAUUUUUCCUUCCUAUACAGCAAGUAGACAAAGGAGCAAUUCGAUUCGUUCUCAGCGGUGCUAAUAUUAUGUGUCCGGGACUGACAUCUCCUGGUGCGCAAAUGACUCCUGCUCCUAAAGGCACAGUAGUUGCGGUUAUGGCUGAAGGUAAGCAGCAUGCCUUGGCAGUUGGAAUGACCGCUUUAUCAACUGAAGAUAUAGCUAAAAUAAAUAAGGGCGUUGGUAUUGAAAAUUGUCACUACCUCAAUGACGGACUUUGGCAAAUGAAGGCUGUGAAAUGAGUGUUUAAUUUAUUCUUUGAAUAUCUGUAAAAUAAGGUAUCUAUUGAGGAGAAUUACAAUGUUAUUAUUAAAACCUUUGAAUUAACAACCUCUGGCUAAUACAAUUAACACACCUAUUAGUGUACUUGUAAAUUAUUACUUUUUUACACACAAUUUAUGUAUUGAUCAAGCUGUCAAGUUGAAUAAUAAUACAUUAUGUGACUUGA